AUGUCGUAUCGCUGCGAAACUUGGCAAGCAGAUAAGACUGAACCAGAUGCCGAGAGUUACGAAAAGUGCCGGGCCAACUUGCCGUUUCUACAGUUUGAACAUAUUUCCUUCGAAAGUAAAUUAUUUGAAAUCGUCGAAGAAUUGAGAUUGAGAAGGGAAUGCGAUGAAACAAAUACGGCAAAAAUUCAGCAGUUGAUACAAGAAAAUUUUGAAAUGAAAAAACAACAGGAAACUUCAGAAAAGGAUUUCGAGAAAAUGAAAGAAGAAUUUGAGAAAUAUAAACUGGAUAUGAAAAAUGUGUACGAGUGCAAAAUUUCUCUUAUCGAAGAAGAAAAGAUUUCGAAUCAAGUUGCUGUGGACUGCUUAAAGAAGGAAAUUGAAGCAAUAAAAAACGAAGCCUUAAAAUUACAACUAGAAAAACUGGAUCUGGAAAAGACUAUAAUGGAAUUAAAGAUGCAUCUCCAGGCUCGUAACAAUUUACAAGAGAGCACGCGGGAUCAGCUGGGAGAGGUUCAGGAAAUGUUUGAUAAAUUAAACCGCAACUGUCGCAAAUUAAGUAAAGUUCAGCAACGUUUACACGAAGACAUCAGUCAAGCUACAUCACUCUGUGAGAGAGUAGAUAAAAUAAAUAUUCAAUAUCAUGAAAAAUUAGAAAAUUUGUCAUCGGAAUAUCAAAAAUUAAAACAAGAAAUUAUAAAAGUCAGAUCACAAUUGCGAGAAGAAUAUCACAAACAGUUCAUAAAUCGAGAAAGCAUCGAAAUUGAACAAUUGCAUUUAAAAAUGAAACACAAAGAAGAGGAAUUAACUGCUAUUCAGAAAGUAUUAAAUCAAACUAAAGAGGACAGUGAGAAUAAAUUUAAAUGUUUAGAAGAAUCAAAUCGACGACUGAAUAAAUACGUUCUACUCUUAGAUAAAGCAAACGACGAAAAGAAUAAUCUGCAAGAAAAAUUAAAUGAAGCUUUGUUGGAAAAUCAACAACUUAAAGAACAUAUGCGAGAAAUUCAAGGAACUUUAAAUGAAAAUCUAAAGAUGUGGAGAGAAAAAGAAAAAAAGAAAAGUCUUACUUUGAGCAGAGAAUGUCAGACGAAUAUCUUGCGAAAAAUAGACAAACAAAAUCAAACAAUUACAACAGAAGAAACCGAAGAUGAUUUCAACCACGUGCGACAGAUUCUGUUUCCAAAAUUCGAUCGCAAAUCUUCAUUAUCCAGAUUUAAUUUUCAAAAUAACACCGAUUUCGAGCCAAUUAUUCAAAAUUAUGAAGAAUCGAAACAGAACAUUUCCAAUGAUCGUAUCACAAAGAAGGCAUUGCAGGCUCAAAGUGAUAAAGAAACCAAAUCUGCAAAGGUCGUAGGAGUAAUGAAUGAUUGUGAUAAUAGCGGCAAUAAAGAAAGUCUUGCAAAUAAUUUAAAAUUACAAAAUGAUUAUAUAACAUCCACAUCUGAUAACAUUCCUGAAGUUGCAGAAUGUAACAAGGAGGAUAUAAAAAACGCAGGAUACGCGGUUUUAUCCAAACAGAACAUUACGGAACCUAUAACAGAAGCAAUUAAAACGUGUAGAAUCGAAGAAAUAAAUGCUAAUUUCUCAGAAAAUGUUGAGAGAAUUGAGAGUAAUUCUACAGUUACUGAGUUGAUAUCUCACGAAAAUGUAAAAGAAAAUGAUGCACCAAUAAAAGAAAAAGAAACAGUAUUUUCAAACGACAAAAAGAACGAGUUCAAGGAUGGAAAAGUUAACGAAUUACGAGAUAAUAGUGAGAAAAAUGUUAACGAGUCAGAAAAUUCUGAGAAAAUACGUUUAAAUUUGGAAGACGACAAAAUGUUAAAUACUCUGCAAGUAAAUGAUAACGAGAAAAACAUGCAAUUGCAGAAAAAUAAAAUAUAUCCUUUACCGUCAAUAUUAUGUACUUCUCUAAAUCUCGAUAAUAUGAAUAAGAAAAACACGACAGACAAAACUUCUCUUUCUGUAACAUUUUCCCCAAACGUAUCAAUUUGUAGGGAUAUUUUGGGUGCUACUUCUCUUUGUUCCGUUCUUAGCGAAAAGUCGGAACUUAGCACUAAACGAUGCUUCGAGAAUCCUGGGUUUAAAGAGUGGAUUCCUCCAACAAAGAAAUUUCACACAUUCAUAAACCCCGACUCUUUGAAAAAAUAACAAAUCCUUGUGUGGAAUUUACUGACGAAAAUGGAUAACAUAUAUCAAUACAUACAUCCUUCCUAUACUUAUAUUUAUUUUAAUUUUAUGUAAAGUAUUAAUAUAAUAUUCUGUUUAUUAUUAAUUCAUUGUUUAAAUAAACUCAUUUUACUUGUUUCACUA